GGUGGGGCCUGUGGCUCAGUCGGCGAUCGGGAGCAGCAGCAGCGGGAGCAGGGGCGGCAGCGGGAGCAGGAGAUCCCGGGAGAGGAGCCAGGGGAGCGCGCCGGGAGGAGAUCCGCACCGCUCCGCUCCGCGCCGUGUGCCCCGCAGCCAAGGGCGCGGAGACCCCACCGAUGACUCCGCUCCACGGAGCCCCCCCAGCCCACACCAAGGACAGAGAUGGCCCGAGCUGUCGAUAACGAAGGAGCUGCACCGACGGGCGCGGACAGAGCAUCCCCCGGGGUGAGGGCGGAUACGGGGGGGAGCAUGCCCCCGGGGGCAAGGACGACGGACACCGACAGAGCUUCUCCCCCACCCCCCCCAAAGGCGACAAAGACAGCACGGCCUGGCAAAGGUAAGGUGGAUGGAGAGCACACCGGCCCCCCCAAAUGGGAGAGGGUCGGACACCGCCCCGGCUCAACAAAGGCAAGGACAGACAAGCACCGGGACAGCGAGGGACCGCGCCGGCCCCCCCACAUCGGAGGGGUUUGGCCAUCGCCCCGGUUCAAAACAGCUAAAGACCAAAUAAAGUUGGCAAAAAUCACAUCAAGUGCUGUGCCUGAUCUCUGCUCUCCCAAUGAGUCACUCGCCACCCAAACCACGGUCAAAGCCGCCCCCGCCCCGCGCAGAGGAGCACGGAGACCCUCGGGCGGGCGGGGAGCGCGGGGGGGCCGGGGGUGUCUCCGUCCCCCUCCUCCCUGGGCGGUGCUGGGGGGUUUCAGGGCUCUCCUGGCGGGAAUGGCGGGGCUGGGGGUCUCUGGCUGUGUCACACCAGGGGGUGCUCAGGGUGCUCACCCCAGGUGGGCAAAGACAGAGACGAUCCCGCCCCUCCAGAAGUGGCGGAGCGGCAGCGACGCGCGUUUCCGAUCUCAGCGACGCGCGUGGAGACCCCACCGAUGA